UCCAACAGCGCGAGGCAGUUACUGCAACCUUGGUGCUGCGCGGGGCUUAUGUGAGUGGCUACAAUAUCCAGCCAACUUUUCACAACAAACCAGUGUGUUGGUGUGUGUGCUCUGAAAGACACGCAGGGUAUAGCUGUCACACUCGAGGAUUAAUAACUGACAUGGUAAGUAUAAGACAAGAUAAAAGUAGCGGAGAAGUUGAAGAAACUGAAUGAGGGGAGGUGUUUCAUAACAUAGGAACUGACAAGAAGCUUGGUCCGAGUUGCACUGCAGACAUGUUUCGACACCCUAAGUCUCAUGGGAAGCAACAUUCUGAGACAUCUGUGUUUUGUAGCUCUCCAAUGAAAACCUUUGAAAAUCAUACACUUGACUCUGGAUAUGGAGGAACCAUGGGCUCUUCUAGGUCUUCCAUAUUGUCACUCUCUUCUCCAUUUGAUGCCUCAAAUGGUCAGGGAGGCAGUGUGUGGAACACAUCUGGCACCGUUGGUGAUGCAGUAAACAGUAGAGACACUCUGAAGUCCUCCUUGAUUGAAGAGACUGAAAGCCUGUACUGUUGUACGACACUGCCUCCUGUAGAUGACCUGCCAUGGACAGAAGAUGAGGUGACUGCUAUUGUCAGAGCUUGCCAGCCAAGCAGCAUUACUGAGCCAAUUUCUAAAUCCUUGACCAAGAAAAUGUCUGUGUAUCUUGGACGAAUACUUUUGAGGAUUGCCAGGGAAGCGAAGCGGUUGAGUACAUUUUACUCCAGGUGUGGUAAACAUGAGGUGCAAAGUGCCGCAAAGGUUGUUUUGUCUUGGUCUCUUUCAGAAGCUUGCAAUGCUGCUGCAGUGAAGGCCCUGUCCCUUUACAACAUGAGCAGUGAAGAGCCACUUCAGAGCAGCAAAAGCAGUCUGUGUGGCCUGAGGUUCUCAGUUGGUUCCUUUUUUAGGUGGAUGGUGGAUAGCAGAGUUUCUGCUCGUAUUUAUGAACAUGCGGCCAUUUACUUAACAGCAUACAUGGAGAACUUGCUGGAGGAAAUGUAUACAAGGUUACUGGCUAGUCACACCACUGAGACAAGAGCGAGACAAGACUGCACUGACAAUGCACUGGACCUAAUCAUAAACACAGAUCCAGAGCUUUGGGGACUUGUUCAGUCCUCUGAGCACCUCAUCUGUGGGCAGAAUGCUUAUGGUGUACCGUUUGUGCCGUCCUACUUGUCUGUCUUACAAAACUGCACAUCUCUGAAUCCUGAUGCAAAGUUCAAGAAGAAUUUCACCAAUUCGGAUUACAAGGCUUUGGAACAAUGCCUACUUACCACGUCAGUAGGUGGUAUCUCAGAACUCGGUUCUCUUGUUGGCAAUGCAAUGUUUUAUUUGCAGCAGUUGGCAGGUAGGAAUCCUAGUUAUGUUGCACAAAUCCAUUUCAAGUCUGGUAGUUUGUCCUGGGAGCCAGAAGCAUUGCACACGCUGUAUUACUACAUGCAGGGUCCGCAUUCGGAGUGGGAGAGCCCCUACCUGGAACCACCCAGAAUCAAGCUUUAUACUGAAAGGCCCCAUACUGUGCAGCCCACUCUUGCCGAGUGGAUCCGUGUGUGUGUUGCCCAUGCUGAGUACAGACACAGCCUAAGUGUGGACAGUAAUGAUGUACUGCAGGCAGCCCGACUCAUGUUGCCUGGUGUGGACUGCUCUUUGAGGCAUCUCAGGGUUGACUGCUGUCUGUAUGUAGCUCGGCGAUUAGAUGCAGAAAAGGCAGAGAAGAAGCUGCUUUGGAAUUUAGCAUUUCGGAUGCUGACUUGCGGGCGGACAGAUCUUGUGAAACCUGCUGUUGCUCUUCUUGGACCCACUGGCCUGGAUACCACAGACGAACAGGGAAUGACGCCAUUGAUGUAUGCGUGUGUUAGUGGAGAUGAAGCAAUGGUGCAAGUUCUGCUUGAUUCUGGGGCUUCUGUCGACAUUCAGGUGCCUAGCAAUUUGCAGAUGUAUCCUUCUGUGCAUCCUGAUACAAAGCACUGGACGGCCAUCAUGUUUGCAGCUGCCUUCGGACAUAUAUCAGUUGUACAGUUGCUUUUAGAUGCUGGUGCAGAUAUUGAAGGUUGUAUUGUGGAAGGGGAGACCUUUGAGACACCUCUCAAGUUGGCAGUUGCAGCAGGUCAUUAUGAACUUGUGUGCCUGCUUUUGUCACGGGGUGCUGACCCGCUUGCUGGAGCUCGACAUAGUCAUGACAUGUCAACAUCCCUUCAUGGUGCCACUGAUGCCUUCAGCUUGGCAGCUGCACAUGGCCAUAGGAAUGUCCUGCGACAGCUUCUCAACCAGCCAGAGAUGACAAACAGCAGUAUACUUUCACUGGCUGAUAUCCUUGCAGAAGGGUCAGACUUAAGUACUCCGGGGACUCCCAAAUCCAUGUCUACUAGAAGCAGCAAAGCCAAGAAGAAGGCCCUGAAAGAGGCCAUGUUUCAGAGUUCAGAGCAUGGGUUCCUGGACAUCACAGUGGAGCUGAGAAAACAUGGAGUUCCAUGGACAUUGCACAUCUGGUUGCAGUCGCUGAAAACUGCAGUUGCACAGCACCGGUGGUCGGUUGUGCACUUCCUGCUCAAGGAAUCCAAGAAUGUCAGCGAUCUGCACAGUGAGAAAAUGAUUGCGCGUGGGCUUAGUAUCCUGUUUCAUAUCCUUAGGGAAAGCAAGGAUGAAAUUGCCAUCAAGCAAGUUGCUGCACUACUCUGUGAUUGUUACGGACCUCAUCCUAUUCCUGCAAUUCCAGAAAUCGGGCAGCAGCAGAAGUGUGUCAUAGAUUCUGCUGCUCUGAACAACAAGGAAAAGUAUGACAUCACAUUUCUGGUAGAUGGAAUGCCAGUUUAUGCAGAAAGUAACAUGUUGUCUUCUGCCUCUCCAAGGUUCAGAUCUCUUGUUUUGAAGGCUUUUUCACAGCCAACCCACCAAGUUGAAAUUAAAGAAAUGAGCUACAGUACAUUCCAGACAGUAUUGCAGUAUGUUUACUUUGGAGGGACAGAAGGACUUCAUAUCAAUAAAUCAGAAGCACUUGAGAUUCAUAGAGCUGCAAGCUAUUUUGGUUUGAAACCUCUGAAGCGCCACUGUGAGAUAAUCUGUGCAAAGUACAUAUUCCCCACUGACGCUGUUGAGACUUAUCAGUAUGCAAAGUUCCAUCAUGCUAGAGAGCUCAAGGUAUACUGUGAAGGGUACUUCUUAAAGAAUAUGGCAACUCUGCUAGAAGUGGACUGUUUUCGACAGCUCCUGGCUGCCUUUGACCCUACGGACAAAAGUGAAGACAUUCUCACACAACUGCAAAGAACUCUAGCAUGCAGAAUGCGCUCCAUAUACCUACCUCCGUACAAGGAGACUACAGUAUAGGUUUUCUUGUGUAGCAGGGUACCACAAAACAAGCCAGGCCUGUUUGCAGGGUAGCAUACUAAGAAACUGGAUAGAAAAAACAUUUAUGCUGACUGCUCAGGACUGGGCCAACACUGGUAGAGCACUCCACUUUUCCACACUGAACCUAUGCACAGCUGUAAUUCAUUGAAGCUGCCAAGUUCGGUAGUCAAUUUGUUCUGAAUUUCAGUGGGACAUUCCAGAGAAGCCUUUCAUGUUUUACAGGACAAGUAUUCUGGUACAGAGUGGCACAAGUGAUCUGCCUUAACCCUCUCAAGUUGUACACUCCUCAGAAGUUUGGUAACAGAUGGAUUGUGGUAAACAAAUGCCCACUGGCUGUAAGAGAAUGACUCCAUGUGUUCUAAACCUUACUAGUGGUAACAGAUAAACGGUGAAGCAUAAAGGCAAAAGGCAAAACUGAUAUGCAUCUGCUCUACUUGAUGUAUUACUUAUACCUGUUACAAAAUGCAGUGCAGCUAGGUGAAGAGGCAAGCACAUACUGUUAACCACAGCAUAAUGUAAAUCACCUUUCUUUGCAAGUCUGUUACUGUUGGUGUCUUUGAGCUGCACAGCGCAUAAUAGACAAGGGAGGGAAAUGAGUCACUGAUGCUGGCCUUUGACUGCAUCUGGUAUCUGUUGCUGUAGAUCUGCAGCAUGAUGCACAGGGACCAGCAGUGCACAUCCCCAUGAUGCAAAUGUCAGCUGUUAUUAAUAUUACUUGCACACAGUGAGGUUCGUUUGUUGGAGUUCACAGCAACUGGUCUGCAACUCACUGCCAGAUUUAGAUUGUAAAGUCUGUGGGUGGGGACCUUUGAUAUAUCCUUUGUAUAAUUCUGGGUAAAAUGCAAUGUGCUGAGGACGAAUUUUAAUUUAUUUCAAUUUUA